AUGUCCCCGUACUUGGGAACGGAGUUUUCACAGCUGAGCCAUUACGUGAGGGAGGACAUUGGCAUGAUGAGGACUUACUCCACAUCGCAAAUCUGCAAGCCUCAGGUGCACGCACUCUUCUGCACCUGGCAGGCUGCUCUGUGCAUCACUGCCAAAGCACCAGGCCCCCCAAAGCCCUCUCUCAUACACCAAGCCCCGCCGCUCCCAGUCGCCCCGCAGCCCCAGAUCCCGUCCAGCCCCGUCUCCCCCCUCGCCGGGGACGGGCCGUUCCCGCUCCCGCUCUCGCUGCCUCUCGCCCUGAGGGAGCGGCGCUCGGGCGCUGCCGGCCCGGCCACGUACGCGGGGCGCAGGCGGAGGAAGCCGGUGCCACGGGCGACGCGGCCGGGCCCGGCCGAAGGCGGCGAUUCCAACCCGUCCAAGCGGCACCGGGAGCGGCUGAAGAGGGAGCUGGAGCGGCUGGCGGGGCUGCUGCCCUUCCCGCCCGACGUGGUGGCCGGGCUGGACAAGCUCUCGGUGCUGCGCCUCAGCGCCGGCUUCCUGCGCGCCAGGAGCUUCUUGGGCGUUGCUCUGAAGAAUCCUGGUGCCAAAGAAGCCCAGAGGGACGGAACCUGUGGCACUGGACCAGCUCUGGCCUCAGCAGUGGUUCCAGAGGGUGAGCUGCUCCUACAGGCACUCAAUGGCUUUGUGCUGAUGGUGACAUCAGAAGGGCUGAUAUUUUACUCCUCACAUACGAUCCAGGACUAUCUGGGGUUUCAUCAGACAGAUGUCCUACACCAGAGCGUCUUCGAGCUGAUCCACACUGAGGACCAGCCGGAGUUCAGGCGCAACCUCCAGUGGGCCCUGGACCCAUCACACACUCCCGAGGCAGGCAAGAGUCUUAGCUCUUCUGCUGCCAUCUACAAGCUGGAUCAGCUGCCCCCAGAAAACUCCUCCUUCCUGGAGAGGAGCUUUGUGUGCCGUUUUCGCUGCCUCCUGGAUAACUCCUCCGGCUUCCUGGCUUUGAACCUUCAAGGCAGGCUGAAAUUCCUUCGUGGGCAGAAUGAAAGGUCUGAAGAUGGCUCUGUCCUGCCCCCCCAACUCGCUCUGUUCACCAUCUCCACGCCCCUGCAGCCCUCACCCAUCCUGCAGAUCCAAACCAAGAACAUGAUCUUCAGGACCAAGCACAAGCUGGACUUCACCCCCUUGGCAUGCGAUGCCAAGGGCAAGAUUGUCCUGGGCUACACUGAGGCAGAGCUGCGUUUGUGUGGCACCGGGUACCAGUUUGUCCAUGCUGCUGACAUGCUGUACUGUGCUGAGAACCACGUCAGGAUGAUGAAGAUGGGGGAGAGUGGCCUGACAGUGUUCCGGCUGCUGACCAAGGACAACCGCUGGAAGUGGGUGCAGGCCAACGCCCGGCUCGUCUACAGGAAUGGCAAACCCGAGUACAUCGUGGUCACACAGAGACCCCUCGUAGAUGAAGAAGGAGGAGAGCACCUUCGGAAGCAGUCCAUGCAUCUUCCCUUCACUUUUGCUACAGGAGAGGCACUUCUGUACCAAAGUUCUCACCCUCUCCCAGGCUUCCCUGACCUUUUCCAGAGCAAAGGGAAACCCAUCAAGUCCAAGAAGCCCUCCUGCAGCCGUGUAGGGCGCUCCCAGAAGAAUGGCAUUGACCCCAGGUCUCUGCUGGGUGCUGUGAUGCAACAGGACAAGGCGGUGUACACCUCCCACUCAGCUCCCAUUCCAAACCCUUCCUUCAGCAGCACUUUCCAGCUUGAGGGUGUGUCCGUGCCAGGUGCAGGAGGGGAUGCCUGGAGUAUGGGCACAGCUCCAGCUUCUUCAAUGGGCAACAGCCUCCAAGAGAAGCUGUUGGAUUUGCAGCAGGAGGACCCUCUCUUGGCCACCAUGGACUUGCUCUCAGUUAAGAGUGACCAGAGCUGUUCCAACAAGCUCUUCAGUGCUUUGGAGGGCCUGGACUUGAAUGCUGAGGACCUGAAGCUCCUGCUGCUGGAUCAGAAAAUGGUGAUGGUCAGCACAGACCCAGACCAGUCCCCAUCCCUGAACAACAACCUGGCCAGCAACCAAAUUCUCUCCUGCAUCCCCAGCGCUCCAGUGGAUGGGCAUGAGAGAGGGCAGCAGCUCUGUCCCCUGCCAGACACGGCCCCCAGCCCAGGGGGCACUGCUCCAUGCCACACGGAGAACAAGGACUCGAGGUGCCACCUGGCACAGCGUGCAGGGCAGCCCAGCACUGCCCUGGCCCAGCCCCCCAUCCUGCUGUGGGAGCAGCCCCUCAGUGCUGUGUCGGGGCUGCUCCCAGAGCUGGCUGAGCAGGAAGAGCUGUCCAGUGGCUCCCAGUGGAGACCAGCUGGGGAGGAGACACUGCUCCAUUCCUUCCAGCCAGUGCAGGGCACCCCAUGGCACAGGGCCCCCAGCUCAGCCCCGGGAGCUCCCUGCCCGCAGGAGCCACCUGGCACCCAGCAGCUGCAGGGAGACUUCUCAGCCAUGCAGCCCCUCCAAGAGGAUAUCCACCAGUCCUUCUCCCUGCCCAGCCAGUGCCAGGACCACGUGGCACCACACAGCCAGCCAAAGCACCAUCACUUGCUGAUGAGCGGGGUAUGUGGCCACAGCCCCAACUCUUCUCCACACGCCAGCCCAUGGCAGGACUAUGUUUGCCCACUCCUGCACUCUCCAGCUCAGCCUGGCGUUCGUGGCCUCAGCAAAGACGUGAUCUCCCAGCCCCAGGGCUGUUUGGGCCCCGAGCCUGGUGUGCCCCCAGAGCAUUUCAACCUGAACGGAUUCUGCAGCAUGGAUGCUGCCGGCACUGGGGACUCCUGGGAAGAGAUGGCUCCGUACCCCAGGUUUUUUCCCCCUUUCUACCAGCUUAUUCCCGAAAAGCAGCUGAGCCCUGUUCUUUCAGUGCCCCAGCACUCUUCCCCCAGCUCAGCUACAGGGCACUUUGGGAGCACCAGCAGCCCUCUGGAGACACUGAAUUCCUGUGGGGUGCAUGGCUCUGCAUGGAGCCAGGAGGGCAGGCACAGGCCCCACAGCAGCUGUGGCUUGCCCAGUUCUCCCAUGGGACUGCCCCAAGACCAUCCAGUGCUGGGGGGAAGCCUGGCACUGCCCUGCCAGCCUCAGCCCUGGGCAGAAGUGCUGCCAGAUCCCCCUCACACCUCCAGGAAGGACUUCUAUCUCUAGCAGAGACGGAAAUGGACAAAGCAGGACUUUUCCCUGGGGAAGGAGCUACCUUCAAGCUGCAGAUAAACCUUCCCCACUGCUGUGCACAUCCUGCCAGUGCUAUUGAUGUUGGUUGCUUUGGCUCACCUGGGUUUUUUUCCUCAACUUCCUACCAUCCUGCUCCCUGUGCUGUUCCUGUGUUGGUGUCCCUGAUGUGGGGAGGGACAGCAGCAGGCAGCAGGGCUGGUAGGCACAUUUCCCAGGGCAGUGGAGCAGGCUGAGCUGUGGUUGCAAGUCAGCCUAUGAGUGCAACCAAAGCUUCACCAAAGCUUUGUAUUUACAUGCAUGAUCCAGCAUGGACACCAGCCUCAUGAAAGCCUGUCCUAAAGAAAGAGACAGAAAAUGUUUUCACCUCUGGUAUUAAAUUUCCUGCCAUCCCAGCCAGGCACCUGUGGCUGUGGCCAUGUUGUACAGAUAUUGCCUGUUUAAUAAGGAAAAUGAGCCAUUUGUGGUGUUCUUGUGUUGCUCUGGUCCUUCCCCACCCCAGCUUUCCCUGUGUCCCAGGUGUUCCCAGUGUUUGGGAUCCAUGUUAGAGCUCCUGUAGCAAAACACCCUGGGCUUCGCUGUACUGUACAAGACAUGCUGAGAUUGGCUGCAAAACUGCUUUUCUCUGUGUGCUGGCCUCUCAGGUGCCCUCAGACUUCAAGUCUCAAAGUUUUCAGUUAAAAACCAGAAAUUUCAAUAAGAUAAAGAAAAUAAGUAUAAUGCUACUUAAGUACUGAGAGAGUGAUAUUUUCCCACAGGGAAAAAAAAAAAAAAAAACCCACAGCCAAUAUGUGUGUUGACAACCCAUAUAAUAUGAGUUGACAGAUUUAUUUUUAUGCCACUCUGGUGGAAGGAAAAAACAACCUCUUACCAUCCCAAAGCAGCGUCCUGUGGAAUGGGAUGAAAAGGUUGUUUAAAGAUCAGAAACACGAAACACAGUGACCCUUUAAGAAACCUGACAAAGCUCAUCCCUCUUCCUGCUUGCCCAGCUUUGGAUUCAUGUGAAUUCCUAUUGGUUUUGUUUCAAUAAAUGGUUUUGGAGAUCCUC